GGGUGGGGUUACUUUAACCGGCGGUGGAGGUGAUGGUGGACCCGGCCUGAGGUGGGAGCGGAGGGGAAGGAGAUGCUCCUCAGGUCUGUGCUGGAAGCAGGAUGAACCUGAUGUCUAUGGCAACGGAUCCCAAGCUGCAAUGGGUGACGCUGUGGGCCCGCAUCAGGUGGGCAGCAGUGCUGGCGCUGCUCCUGGGCUUGCUCCUGGUGCUGCUGCUGCCAGCUGUGGAGGACCAGUGCCACGCAGUGCUCCAGGGGCUCUCCUUCCUGAAGGGUAAACUGGGCGCUGGCUCUUCAGGGCUCACCCGGUACACGGGGCACACCACAGAGCUCAGCGUGGCCUCCAACGGGCUGGAGCUGCUGGUGCUGAAAGGCAAAGCCUCCCCAGAGGUGAAGUUGGAAGCUAGAGCAGCUCUGAACCAAGCCCUGGAAAUGAAGCGCCAAGGCAAGCGGGAGAAAGCCCACAAACUCUUUGUGUAUGCCCUCAAAAUGGACCCUGAUUAUGUGGAUGCCCUGACUGAGUUUGGGAUCUUUUCUGAAGAGGAAAAAGACAUUCUUCAAGCCGAUUACUUGUACUCCAAAGCACUCACCAUUUCCCCCUUCAACGAGAAGGCUUUGAUCCAUCGGGACCGGACGCUCCCUUUGGUGGAAGAGAUUGACCAGAGGUAUUUCAGCAUUAUCGACAGCAAGGUGAAGAAGGUGAUGGCAAUUCCCAAAGGCAAUUCCGCCCUGCGCAGGGUGAUGGAGGAGUCCUACUACCACCACAUCUACCACACGGUUGCUAUUGAAGGCAACACUCUGACGCUGGCCGAAAUCCGGCACAUCAUUGAGACCAGAUACGCCGUUCCUGGGAAGAGCUUAGUGGAGCAGAACGAGGUGAUCGGGAUGCACGCAGCUCUCAAGUAUGUCAACACCACCCUGGUGUCCCGGAUCGGCUCAGUCACCACCAGUGACAUCCUGGAGAUCCACCGGAGGGUGCUGGGCUAUGCUGACCCGCUGGAGGCAGGGCGCUUCAGGACUACGCAUGUGUUUGUAGGGCAUCACAUCCCACCCCAUCCCCGGGAUGUCGAGAAGCAGAUGGAGGAGUUCGUGCAGUGGCUGAACUCGGAAGAUGCCAUGAGCUUGCACCCUGUGGAAUUCGCUGCUUUAGCCCACUACAAGUUGGUUUAUAUCCAUCCAUUUACAGAUGGCAACGGGAGGACCUCGCGCCUGCUGAUGAACCUCAUCCUGAUGCAGGCGGGUUACCCCCCCAUCACCAUCCGCAAGGAGCAACGGGCCGAGUAUUAUCACGUCCUGGAAGUGGCCAACGAGGGCGAUGUGAGGCCUUUCAUACGCUUCAUUGCAAAGUGUACUGAGACAACCCUGGACAUGCUGCUCAUUGCCACCACAGAGUACUCCGUGGGCUUACCUGAGGCAGAUGGCAGCGCUGCUGGAUGCAAACAAACCAUCCCCGUCAAGACUUGAGGGUUGUGGACAUUGCAGAGCCACUGAACACCGAGGCACUCGGUAUUCCUGCUGGGAAAUAACUGGACAGGAGGUGCCACUCUUUAGCAUUUUGUUUAUUUAAAGUGUCUUACAUUGGGUUAAAUUAAUAUAAUUUAUUUAUAUACAUUAUGCCAA